CUCGGCUCAAUCAUCCAAGGAAGGGAGAGAAACUCUGAAACUACUCCAUUUCCUCAUCCAUACACGCAUCAAGGACAAAGGAGGAAGAAGGAGGGGAAAAGAGAAGAGAAAAGUUGGUUUUGGAGAGGAAAACUUGUGUUUAGCAAGGUAUUCGAGGAACUUUCACGGAGUUGAAAGGGUCGCCGGAGUUGUCGCCGGAGUUCGUUGAAGUUCACCGGAGUUUCGCCGGAGCUAAAUCGGGAAGGCUAGAACUUCAUAAGCUUCAUUAAGGUGUUCCAGUAAGUAUGAUGAACGUCAAAGGCCUCGCCCGAUUCAAGAACAAACCGGCCAAGGAUCCGAAGGGGCCGGACGCAGGUGGCCAAAAGCCCGUCGGUGCGCCCCUCAAAAAGCCCGAGGGCGAUGCUGCUGCGGCUAAGAGAAAGCCGUCGGCAAAGGAGCCCCCCCAAGCCCCUAAAAAGUUAAAGAAGGGGGAUGCCGCGAAGGAUGACCCCCCGGUGGUGAUUAUAGAUGACCCUCCGAUGAUGCCGACGGCGCAGGUGCCGGGGGUGGUCCGGGAGCCAUCUCUCGAGGUCCUCACGCUCUCCCUUCCGGCUGGUACGGCCGUGUUGAAUGGCACGGUCGACCCGAGGGCGCUCCUGAAGGGUAUAACCCUCGAAAUUGACAGGGCAGCUCUCGGGGCUGAUGAUGAUCAAGCCCUUGAAGACAGGAUCCUCCGGUCUUCUCUCACGACUUGCGUUGCCCUCGGGGAGCAGUUCUGACGGCUGGAGGAAUGGCGCCUCCUCAAAGCUAAGCAAGAAACCAAGGUGAAGGAGCUGAUCCUUAGGGACUCCCAGGCCACGAAGCUGAUGGCCCAGCUUGAGGAGGACCUCCGGCUGGCGAGGGCGGAGUCCGAGAGGCACAGGGGGGAGAAGGCAGAAGCUGAGGCGGCCGCUGCGGAGGCCGCGAGGAGAGCAGCCGAGGAGGCCGAGGCCAUCAAGGCGAAAGCUGUCGCCACAGCCCGGGAGGAGGCUAUCUCCGGGUUCCUGGACGGGGGGUGGAAGACCGAGGGGCACAAGGCAUGGUUGUCUUCGGUUGUUGAGGCCUCGGUUGAUGAAUGGUCCGAGGGCCCGGGGGAGGAGUGGAUGGCCCGGAAGGGCAAGCAAUAUUAUGAUGGGGGUGAGUUCUUCACUCAAGCCCUCAUCUACCGGAGGAUGGCCCGCCAUCUGAAGGUUGAGCCGAAGGACUUUGAUCCGGCGGCGUACGGGCUCCCCCCUCUGCAGCCAGAUAUCCGUAUCCCCCUCCCCCUGAUGUCGAGAGGCCAGACCUGGAGGAUUCCGAGCUCCGAAGGGAAGCCGAGGGCGACGAUCCUGAGGCUGAUGCAGAAGUUUCCUCGAAGCCGUCGGGGGAGGCCGCCCCCGGGGAUGACAUG